AUGAGCGGCAAGUUCCAAUAUACAUCGCCCAUCAUGCAGCAGUGGCAGGUUGGUCCCGUACCGGACCUUACGUACUUCAACUCCAACACCCAUCAAAAUGAUAUGCAUGCGCCACCCCAUACGUACCAACCUCAAGAUAUGAGGGGUCGCAACGAGCGUAUGGAUUUCCCCGUACGCCUCCUCCCGGUCCCCCUCAACCCCAACAACAACAACCGGCUCCCACUCCUCCCGCAGGCGGCCGACGCAACAAGCGCCCUCAGCCCCCACGGCGUCACCGGCGACCUCGGCACCUCAAAUCCCUCCCACGUCAGUUACGGCUCCUCCCCAGCCCGCACCCCUGGCGCUCCCACGCAGCCGGUAGUAGAUAACGUCGCUCCGGCGCCGGCCCCACCCCGGUGA